AAUAUUAUGUCAGAUAAUUGUACUUCAACAAAACAACCUCAUUUAAUGGAAUUAAUGAAUCAAAUGUGCAAAGAAGCUGGAAUUCAAGACUAUGUGUGACAUGGCCUAUUCUCUUACAAAAAAUGUUCUAGUAGAGGCUAGAUCUGUUGCUGAUUUUAGUGGGAAAAAAUUUGUUGAAAAAAGUGAUGUUGAUUUUGCAUUGAAGACAUUCAAUGAAAAAUAUUGUAAAGACCGUCCACCUAUUGCUUUAAUGAAUGAUUUGGCACAAGAAAAGAAUUCUCAACCUUUACCCCAAAUUAGACAAAAUUAUGGACUUCGACUGCCUAAUGACCGUUUUUGUCAGUUACAAUCUAAUUUUAUUUAUGACGAUCUUCCUUCGACUUCAAAUAAUAAUGAAGAUGAGGAUGAUGAAUUGAGACAACAAAAUAUUCAAACUUCCGAAAAUUUCCCUAAACGUCAAAAACCAGAAUCAUCAACAAACUUUAACCCCGAUCUUGUUGCCAAUUUAUUAAUGGGAAGAACAAAUAAUGACUCGAGGAAGCGGGCUUUUCAUGAUGAAGAAAAAGAAGAUAAGACAGAAGAUUUUGAUGAUUAUGAUUGUUGAAAAAAUUUUUGGUUAAAAUUUGUUUUAUUUUUUGCUAUAUUUAACAUCAAACAAUGCAAUCAAUCCUCUUGAAAUGUUGCACUGCAAAAAUUCUCAAAAAUGUCAAGGAUGGUAUAAUUUAUUCAAACCGGUUAGUUUUUGUUUUUUCUUUGUGAAAAACCAAUUAUGUAAGUAUUAUUGGUAUAGGCUUUCUUUGAUGGAUUUUAACAGGCACCACUUAAGCUUCAGGAUAGAUAAGGUUUUUGAAAUAAGUCAACGUUAAUAUUUCUACACUUCGAGUUAAUUUAGCUAGUCAAAAUUUUCUUUUUUAUAAUUUAAAUGAACCAAAAUCGUUUUCGAAUAAAUUGACUGCCAAAAAUAUAACCUGAAAAACCGUGCCUUUAAAAAAAUUUUUUUGAGCCAGUUGUACAAACAAAUAAAUUUUUAUUGGAUUAAAAUUGAAAAAUUUCACACUCCACUUUCGAUAAACCCUAUUUUUUAAAAAAAAUGAAAAUAUUCCACCCUUUACUCAAAAUAAUAAUUCUUUUAAUAGUUUUACUUGUUCGACCUUCAGCAAUUUUAACACAAUUUUAUAAUGGAUACAAUUCAAAUCAACCAACAUUUAAUGGAUAUUAUCUUCCCUAUUACUACACAAAUGGACUUGGUUUUUGUUAUACACCAACUCCUUAUUGUCUUUACAAUUAUGUACCUCCAAAUUUUUUGUGUAAGAAUUUUUUUUGAAAAAAUAUUAGUGGAAAGCCGAUCAUCCCCCCUCUUAUAGUUUUGGGGUAUUUCGAUAGUGUGUGAAAUAACAAAUAACAGCUCAUAGAGAAGGGUAUCAUGUAUACCGUAUUGUCU